AUGGAGCAGACUAGCUCUGUUAUCUCCCUAGCACCAUCAAGUUUAAGCAACCGUAGCGACUUGUUAGCAGCUAUCCCUACCAGCGAAGAUAACGCCGAAACACGAUAUGAAGGAAUCCGAUCACAGCCUAUGAGUCGACGUGAAUCCCUUCACGAGGUCGAGCUGGAGCGUAUCAAUACUUAUCGACUCCAACAUAGGUCGACUGUUGGAUCAGGAAUUGGAAAGGCUCCGAAAGACAGUUGGCUUCCUAUGGGAGCUGGAAAGCCCUAUCCUCCAGAACUGCCAGAUCCAGAUCAGUUCAUCGUCGAGUUUACUGGUGUAGAUGACCCUCUGCACCCUCAGAAUUGGUCAUUGAGUCAAAAGAUCGUGAUUUCCGUCACUCUAGCUUACACCACCUUCGUCUCUUCAUUCGCCUCUGCUAUCUACUCCAGCGCCAUCACCCACAUCAGCCCUUACUUCCACAUCAGCUCUGAGGUUGCAAUCCUCGGUGUGACUCUCUAUGUGCUUGGAUUUGCCUCCGGUCCAACACUAUGGGCGCCAGCAAGUGAAUUGAUCGGACGGAAAUGGCCUAUUAUAGCAGGCGUCUUCAUGUACUCGAUCUUCACCAUCGGUUCGGCCACGGCAAAGGAUGUCCAAACACUCAUGAUAACUCGGUUCUUUGCUGGUUUCUGCUCAGCCAGUCCCAUCGCUAUUGUCCCCGCUGUCUUUGCUGAUAUAUACAGCAACCAGACUCGUGGUAUCGCCAUUGCCAUGUUCGCCAUGGCUGUGUUCGUCGGUCCAUUCGCAUCACCCUUUACUGGAGGUUUCAUCACAAUGUCUUACCUGGGCUGGAGAUGGACCAUGUACAUCGCAAGUAUCAUGGGCUUCUUGGCCACUGGUCUCUGUCUAUUCUUCCUCAAGGAGACCUACGCCCCAAUCGUCCUUGUGGAGAAAGCCAUCACCCUCCGUAGACAGACACACAACUGGGGUAUCCGAGCCCGACAAGAAGAAGUUGAAGUGGACUGGAACGAACUGAUCACCAUAAACUUCAGUCGUCCAUUCCGCAUGCUCUUCACCGAACCAAUAGUCUUCCUGAUCUCUCUCUGGAUGAGUUUCGUAUACGGAUUGAUGUACGCCCUUCUCAGCGCCUACCCAAUCGUCUUCAUGGAAAUUCACGGUAUGAACAUCGGCGUGGGCAGUCUCCCUUUCAUCGGCCUUAUCAUCGGCGAACUCUUCGCAGGCAUGUACAUCCUGUACGAUCAAAAGUCAUACACGAAAAAUUUGGCCGCCAACAACAACGUACCCAUUCCGGAAUGGCGUCUACCUCCCGCGAUAUUCGGUGGUCUAUUCUUCUGCAUUGGCCUCUUCUGGUUUGGUUGGACUGGAUUCACAAAGGAUAUCCACUGGAUGGCUCCUACCGCAAGUGGAAUAGUCACCGGCUUCGGAAUAUACGUUAUCUUCCUACAGUGCUUCAACUACCUAAUCGACUCAUAUCUGACCUUUGCUGCCUCCGUCUUCGCCGCCAAUACAAUCAUCCGAUCAGCCGUCGGCGCAGCAUUCCCCCUCUUCUCGAAACAAAUGUUCCAUAAUCUUGGCGUACAAUGGGCCGGUACCCUCCUCGGCUGUCUUGCAGCUAUCAUGAUCCCUAUUCCAUUGAUCUUUAUCAAGAUUGGUCCCCGUCUCAGGAAAAAGUCCAAGUUCGCACCUGCUUUGCCGGAGAUCUCUUCCGAUGAAGAGGGUGAGAAAACUGCAUAA